UCGUCAGCAGUCAGUGUUGGACCGAGCCGGAGCUGGAACGAGCAGCACCCGACAUACGCGGCAAUACAAAUAUAUUUUAUAAGAUUUAAUAUUUAUUUAUAUUUAUAGCGUAUUCGCUAUCACGAUGAGAGGUAUCCUGUACACGGCGUGCGUAUUCGGGCUUUGCGCCUACGCUCUGGCCAAGGACGAUGAAGUCAAGAACGCUCCAGUGGAAGACGACAAGAAGUCGUCCGCGGACAAGACCCAGGACAAGAGGAGCCUGUUCGACACCGGUUACGGAUACGGUUCGAGUUACGGAUACGACGCCCACGUCGGUGGCGACGAUUACCACGGUCACGGACACGUGCUGUCCAAGACCAUCAUCAAGGAGGUGGCGCACCCUUACCCAGUACCAGUAGAAAAGCACGUGCCGUACCCCGUCAAGGUGGCCGUGCCCGUCGACCGCCCAUACCCUGUCCACGUGCCAAAACCUUACCCAGUGCACGUUGAGAAACCAGUGCCGUACCCCGUCAAGGUAGCCGUGCCACAGCCAUACCCAGUUGUCAAGGAGAUCCCGGUACCGGUUAAGGUUCCAGUAGAUCGCCCGUAUCCUGUGCACGUUCCCAAGCCAUACCCAGUGUACGUCGAGAAGCACGUGCCAUAUCCAGUGGAAAAACACGUCCCAUACCCCGUCAAGGUGCCAGUCGACCGCCCAUACCCGGUUCACGUACCCGUCGAGAAGCACGUCCCAUACCCCGUCGAGAAGCCAGUGCCCUACCCCGUCAAGGUGCCCGUCGACCGCCCGUACCCGGUAACAGUCGAGAAGCACAUUCCGUAUCCAGUCGACAAGCCCGUCCCGUACCCAGUCGUCAAGCACGUCCCGUACCCGGUCAAAGUUCCUGUGAAAGUCGAAGUCCCAGUACCGUACCCGGUCAAGAGCCACGAACACCACUACGAACAUCACGACGACCACCACAGCAGCUAUUAACCGAACGGCCCCACAGCAUUGAUACGCAUUUAUCACAUCUAAACGGUUUUAUGAAACCGAAAAAUGGUUACCACUAAUUUGUUAAAUACUUUUUUAAUUUUAAUUUUUUUUUUUACUUUGUAAAUAUAAUUUUUAUAUUAUAAAUAUACUUCCUAUGUCAUUAUCUUUAAACGAAAUUAAUUUUAAUUAUAUAACGGAAUUAAAAACAUUUUCUCUCAACUUUGACUGUUACCGACUAAGAUCUUUUUUUUUACGACCUUAAAUUAACUUUUAUUUUUAUAUAUAUUAUACUUUUACCCCCGACCCCCUGUCAACCUAUACCAUAAUCAGCUAUAUUCUCCUUUUUAUAGCGACGGAAAAAAAAAGCUCUACAAAGGAAACUGUCGAGGGACGACAAUAUUAUAUGAAAUGAUGUAUAAUGCAGUAUGAAUAAAGUUUAUUUUCUUUGA